AUGGGGAAAUCAGAUUUCCUCAGCCCCAAGGCCAUCGCCAACCGUAUCAAGUGCAAGGGGCUGCAGAAGCUGCGCUGGUACUGCCAGAUGUGCCAGAAGCAGUGCCGCGACGAGAACGGCUUCAAGUGCCACUGCAUGUCCCAGUCCCACCAGAGGCAGCUGCUGCUGGCUGCUGAAAACCCUCAGCAAUUCAUGGAUCGCUUCUCCGAGGAGUUCCGGAAGGAUUUCCUGGAGCUGCUCAGGAGGCGAUUUGGCACGAGGAGGGUGCACAAUAAUAUUGUGUACAAUGAGUACAUCAGCCAUCGGGAGCACGUCCACAUGAAUGCCACGCGCUGGGAGACCCUGACAGACUUCACCAAGUGGCUGGGGAGAGAAGGUCUCUGCAGGGUUUGUGAGACCCCUAAAGGCUGGUACAUCCAGUACAUCGACAGGGACCCAGAGACCAUUCGCAGGCAGCAAGAACAAGAGAGGAAGAAGAAGCAGGACCUUGAUGAUGAAGAAAAAACUGCUAAAUUCAUUGAGCAACAAGUUCGAAGAGGUUUGGAGGGGAAAGAACUGGAAAUGCCAGUCUAUACUGCAUUGAACAGAGAAAACAAAGAAGGAAAAGUUACAUUUAAAUUAAACAAAGGAGCAAGCGCUUCAGCUGCAGCAUCUUCUCAAACAAGUGUCCUUGCACUGAAGAUGGUGGAGGGUGCAGUUAAAAGAAAAGGAGCAGCUCAUUGCUCUGGCCAGCCCAAAAAGAAAAAGAAGAAAUCUGCACUUGAUGAGAUCAUGGAGCUUGAAGAGGAGAAGAAAAGAACAUCUCAAAGAGACCACUGGUUGCAGCCCGCAAUCAUUGUAAGAAUUGUAACAAGAAAGCUUGCAGAGAAGUACCACAAGAAGAAGGCAGUUGUUAAGGAAGUGAUUGACAAAUACACAGCUAUUGUGAAGGUGGUUGACUCUGGGGACAAACUGAAGCUCGAUCAGACACACCUAGAAACUGUAAUACCAGCACCAGGCAAGAAAGUGCUGGUAUUAAAUGGUGGGUACAGGGGAAAUGAAGGCAUUUUGGAGUCCAUCAAUGAGGAGAGGUUCUCAGUGACAAUAAUCAUCAACUCGGGACCUUUAAGAGGGCGCAGAGUUGAAGAUAUCCAAUAUGAAGAUGUUUCCAAACUCGCCUGAGGUGCUAAAUCAUGCAUCAGAGAAGAUCUGAGUUCUCAAAGCCUUCUUCCUGACAUCUUUCAGGCAGACACAAGACUCUGUAGUAUAGUAAAUCCUGAAUUAGUCCUUUGCUAAAUUGUUACAUUUCAGUUCUAAGUUAAGCUAAAUGCUGUUAAGUUUAAAUGUUGUAAAGUGUUAUUGAACCUUUAGGUCAUACUCCUAUUUGUCCUUACCCCUUUAUCUUUUGUCACACCCUCCUCCCACACCCCUUACCUCCAUGUAAAUAGUUUUCAGUUUAUUUUGCUUUGGAUUGAUUGACUUGGCAUUUUAGUUUUUUGCUUUUCCUUGGUGUG